AUCGAGUGGCCAUUGAGCCUGGCGUCCCCAGGGAAAUGGAUGAGUUCUGCAAAACUGGCCGCUAUAACCUGUCUCCAACCUUGUUCUUCUGUGCGACGCCUCCCGAUGAUGGGAACUUGUGCCGCUACUACAAGCACCAUGCCAGCUACUGCUACAAGCUUCCAGAUAAUGUCACCUUUGAAGAAGGAGCCCUUAUUGAGCCUCUUUCGGUGGGAAUCCAUGCCUGCAAAAGGGGAGGAGUCACGCUGGGAAGUAAAGUCUUUGUGUCCGGCUCUGGACCAAUUGGCCUCGUUAACGUGCUUGUUGCUAAGAUGAUGGGCGCAGCGGCUGUGGUAAUUACAGAUUUAUCUGCCUCUCGCCUGCAAAAAGCCAAGGAGGUGGGGGCAGAUUUCACCAUUCAGGUGAAGAACGAGAGCCCGCAGGAGGUAGCCUCCAAAGUGGAAAGUCUGCUUGGCUGCAUGCCCGAGAUCACUGUGGAGUGUACGGGAGUGCAAGCCUGCAUCCAGGCUGGCAUUUAUGCCACUCGUUCUGGUGGGACCUUGGUGCUUGUGGGGCUGGGGCCUGACAUGGUCACUGUGCCCAUUGUGAACGCCGCCGUGCGAGAGGUGGAUAUCCGGGGGAUAUUCCGCUACUGCAACACGUGGCCUGUGGCAAUUGCUAUGCUUGCAUCGAAGCGGAUCAACGUCAAACCCUUGGUUACACACCGCUUCCCCCUGGAAAAGGCUCUUGAGGCGUUCGAGACCACCAAGAGGGGCGAGGGGGUCAAAGUCAUGCUGAAGUGUGACCCCACCGACCAGAACCCCUGAGGUGCCACCCUGCCUGGCCCUUUCCCCUGUUACACCGCCUGCCUGAGAUGCGAAGCAUGAGGCCGCAGGAGGCUGAUGUAUGGCUGUUGCGUGUUUACACAGUCCCCUUAUGCAGGCGCUGCUUUGUAAUAGAGCUAGAAAAUCAAAUGAUUAUGAGGGUGAAGGACACCAAGGG